CGUGUUCUGCUGAUCGGAAGCAAACCUACUCACAUGUUCCGCUGAUUUUUUUUGUCUACAGAUUUUAUAUGAUAUAACUUCGGUAGUUUUACUUUGAGAAUGGUUCGAAUCGCAUUUGUUCAUCCAGAUCUUGGAAUUGGUGGUGCAGAGCGUCUUGUUGUGGAUGCUGGCUUAGCCCUGAAAUCACGCGGGCACGUAGUCCACUUUUUCACUUCACAUCAUGACAAAUCUCACUGCUUUGAAGAGACAAGAAAUGGAUCGUUACAAGUUACUGCUGUCGGAGAUUGGCUUCCUAGACACUGCUUUGGUUACUUUUACGCCUUCUGGGCUUAUGUAAGGAUGAUUUAUGUCUCCUUAUAUCUUGUGUUCUUCUCAUCAUGGCGGAUGGAUGUUGUCUUCUGCGAUCAAGUGUCUGUGUGCAUCCCUGUUCUUAAGCUCAGUAAGGCACGGAUUGUGUUUUACUGCCAUUUUCCUGAUCUGUUGUUAACUCAACGAAAAAGCUUGCUGAAAAGGAUCUAUCGUGCUCCGUUAGACUGGCUAGAGGAAGUCACAACUGGCAUGGCAGACACUGUUCUUGUGAAUAGCAACUUCACCGCUGAGACUUUUGUGUCAACAUUUACUAGAUUAUGCAGCAAUCGCCCACGGGUCUUGUAUCCUUCACUUAAUUUUUCAUCAUUUGAUACACCAGUUGCACCAGAAGAAACCGACAAAGAUUUGAUACCACCUUCUGCCAAGUUUGUGUUCCUUUCAAUAAAUCGUUAUGAGAGAAAGAAGAACCUGAAUCUGGCCCUGGAGGCAUUAGAUUGGCUUAGAAAUAUUAUCAGUGACACAGAAUGGAAGGAUGUACAUUUAGUUAUGGCAGGUGGCUAUGAUGAUAGAGUUGUAGAAAACAAGGAACACUUCUUGGAACUGUGCAAACUGGCAGAACAAUACAACCUCAGCAGUAAAGUGACAUUUGUGAGAUCAUUUAGUGACACCCAAAAACUGACACUUCUUAAUCAAUGUACAUGCUUGAUCUAUACCCCAAGCCAUGAACAUUUUGGUAUAGUUCCAAUUGAAGCCAUGUACAUGAAACGUCCAGUGAUUGCAGUCAAUAGUGGUGGACCUUUGGAGACCAUUCAAGAUGGGCUGACAGGAUUUUUAUGUAACCCUGAUGCAGAGUCCUUUGCUCUAGCAAUGCGGAAGUUUUUGAAGAAUCCAGGGCUUAGUUCAACACUGGGUGAUGCUGGCAAGACUAAUGUCAUCAAGAAGUUCUCUUUUGAUGUAUUUGCCCAACACCUUCACAAUAUUGUAACAGAUGGAAUGCAGGCAGGCAGCAUGUGGCUGACAGCUCUUACAUGUUUUCUUAUGGUUGUUGUGUUCUGUGUGGCAUGUGUGUGGGCCAUCAAUUUCUAUGACAGUUACUGACAAGGACCUUAAUAAUUAAUAAUUGUCAACUUAGCACAGAUGCAACAGUACAUGUAUGUAGUGACUGGAAAGUUUUAUCUUCAUUGCAUAUUUUACCUCUUUUCAAGUUUUAUUUGCUUGUGUGUAGAACAAGUCAUUAAUAGAAGUUUUUCCUCAACAAGGCUCUCCUUUCUCACAAAUCUGUAAGCUAGUGUUAGAAGAAGAAUUGGAAGAAAAAACGUUUCAAGCGGUAAAACUUGCUGACAAGUAGCAUGCGCAGCUCAGGAAGGAAAAGUUGUCAUGGAAUUAAAAAAUCUAUGUCAUUUUGGGAAAUUCUGCUGUACAAAGCAGCAUGUGCCAAGAAAGUCAUGUCUGAUAUCCCUGACCCGGUCUUAAAGAUCUUGCUGCUGUGCUAGGGGAUUCUAUACUUUGCUUGACCAAUGGGUAAGUGUAGUUUUUUGAGGGAAAAUUGAUGCUACUAAGAAAUUUUUGGGUGCUAUUGAAAAUAACUUCCAGGUCAGUUCAUCGAACAGCUUUCCCAAAGAGCAAGUUCGAAAACAGGUUUUAUUGGCACUGCGGUUUUAGUUAGCAGUUCCAGGGCUUCCCUCUUCGUUUUUUUGCAAACCUGGUUGUCAUUAGACAAGUGCUGUUUCGCAAAUUUCGCUCCAGACUUUCUUUCCGGGGCGACUUUGGCAGCUUCAAUAACUUCAAAGGCCACAUAGAGAGUGUGAAAAAGAAAGCUAGGGAGCUUGGAGUAAAUUGCUUCGAGCCAAAAUUAUUUUACCUGGUGAGGUCGACUACAAAAGCAAAUUACAGAAAUUAUUUUCAGCGUUCAGUGCUUGUUUGGCUAUAAAUUAAUAUUCAUAACGGUCUUGAAAACCGUGCAUAAGAGUCCACAGCGGAACACUGUCUAAUUGUUCCUUACAGAGGACAAUAUAACUCAAAAACUGAUUUUGUUUCAAAUAUGACCAAUAUUUUUUAAACAUUUGUGGUCAUCCACAGCUCAUAAAAUGAUAAAAUCUUACAAAUUAACUGACUAA